AUGUUUUCGGUGCCGAGGUGGUGGAUAUUUAUCGUUUUCCUAGCAGGUUUCCUCCCUCGUUGUUGCUCGGGACUUAAUGUGUUUGUCAGAUAUGACAAGAGGCAUGCUAUGCUGUUCCAGUCGGUGGUGCUGCCGUGUCAGUACAACAGCGUGUCCACCCAGGUCCCUGUGGUGCAGUGGGUCUACAAGUCAUACUGUCGGGACCGCACGCGGGAUUCGUUCAGCUUCUCCGACAGCCUUAGUGGUGGCUUGGGAGGAGGCGGGCUGACGGGUGGAACCGGAGGAGGCGGAGGAGGGUAUGAGAAGGGGAUGACAGCGAACUACCUCGACUGCUCCGACAACAGCCGGACGGUCCGAACUGUGGCCUCCAUCUCCGGUUCCUCAUUCACACUGUCAGAGUACUACAAGAACAGAGACAUCUCCAUCAUCAACAAGGCAGACCUGCGUAUAGGAGAGGUCCAAUGGGGAGACAGUGGAGUUUACACCUGUAAAGUGGUAAUAGCUGAUGAUGUAGAGGGACCGAAUGAAGCCUCUGUGGAGCUGCUGGUUCUGGGUUUCUCAGGUGUGCCUGAAGAUCUUCUGCCAGACUUUGAUUUGAAGAUUAUGCCAGAGUGGGUGUUUGUGGUGGCGGUGGUGCUGGGCACUGUGUUAUUCCUGCUGUUGGUUGGGGUGUGCUGGUGUCAGUGUUGUCCUCACUCCUGCUGCUGCUACGUCAGCUGCUGGUGCUGCCCCGACACAUGCUGCUGCCCCAGACACUUGUAUGAGGCAGGUAAGGGUAUAAAGACGGGCACCUCCACCCCUCAAACACCUGCCUACCCUCCAUACUUUGUCUCUGGUGUCCCGACCAUGGUGCCUAUCGCUCCCCCCUCACUGGUGGACAAGAUGUCUUCUGUACCCCUCUCAGAUGGCAGCAUAGUCACAGCAGUGCCGAUGCAUGCUGUAGGGGUUCCCUACCGCGUCCCCUCAUCUCAGGAUCAGGACUCUCUCAGGGUGCUACAGUAUGUAGAGAAACAACUGGCUCACUUCAACCCUGCCAGGUCCACCAGCCACCAGUCCUGCAGCGUGUCAGAGCUGAGCUCUCUCCAUGAGGGAGAAACUGGCUUCCGCCAAACGUACCGGAACGUCCAGAAGAAGGCUCUUCCAGCCAUCCCUGACCACGACCCUCAGCCUAAACCGCAGCGCUACCGUGACAACCGUAGCCCAGAGCCACAGCGUUACCGUGACAAUCCCCCUUCACCUCAGCGUUAUCGUGAUGACCUUGACUCAGAGCCCCAUCAUUGCCAGAACGAGCCCCUUCCUCCACGCCGUUACAGCGACGAUCCUCCGUCCUCCUCUCAGUCACGCAGGCUCGGUCGUAAUCAACGGCAACAGAAGGAGCACAGUGAGGAGGAGAACCACGUCAGGUGGAACCCUCGUUCAGAGCAUCUGCAAAGAAAGACGUACCGCACUGCGGGACGAACUGGCUCACUGGAUGAGCUGGAGGAGUUUGCUGCCUCCUACAAGGAGAGAGAACCCAGAGGGGUAGAGAGGAGGGAAAAAGAGCGGGACGACUAUGAGAUGGAGCUUCUGGACUUCGGUCGAUAUCCUUCCUACCGGGAUUGUCCACCACAACAUUAUCACAAUGGUGAAGAUGAGCUCGGAGACAUCAGUGAUCAUGAAGAUCAUCCCAGACGAAACAAGAAAAACGGACAUAACGUGAGCCCGCUUGCAUCACCCAGAAAGAGGAGGGGCACUUGGGACACCGAGUGCCCUGUUCCAGCUCCUCCCAGAGUCAGUCCGCCAUCGACGUCUUCUCAAGAGAAGGACUAUGAUGGCACAUUCCUGAACAGCCUGUUGGAGCGUAAGGCUAAGUUGCGAGGGGUCAGCGGGCAGGGGAAGAGUGGGGCCCGGAGUGAGGAAGAUUCAGACACACCCUCAAAGGGCAGCUCGAAAAAGAGCAGCGGGGAAUCUAGUCGGCACUGCAGCCGUUCGCCUAGUAACAGGCCUGAUGCAGAUUCACUGCCUCCUUACUCAGACACAGAGAGGAGCAGAACUGACAGGCCUUCUCCACGGCCACUCCCAGCAUGCCCUCGCUCUUCUCAGCCCCCCGCCCAUUCCUUGUCCAGUCACAGAGAGGAGACCAGAGACAAGUCUCGGAAAGUGCAGAGCACUCUUCUCAGCCGAGAUUCCCUCAUCGUCUGAUCAACAGAAA